CGUGCACUGGUGUGUUCAACUUCAGCGCAUCUACUCCGUACGCAGUAGAGAAGCAGGCCAGAUUGCACAUGUGCAAAGUAAACACUAAUCCACUUUCGGAAAUAGCAUAUAAUUUGUGGACCCUGAACAUUUACCAGGAAAUCUGGCCCUUAUCCAUGAAUCCAUUAUCCAUCACCUACAUCUCCAAAAUCUCCCAACGCCAGCAACUCGAUUUCCUCCUAUCCUAAUCAUAAUUACUCCCGACAACAUCACUCUCCGCCACUACGCUCCUCUAUACUAAUAACAACUUUGUGCCUAAUCCUACCCAUUCACCAUGUCGGAAGUACAAGAUCUCCUCGAAAUCCCCAAGGACUUCGUCAAGGACGGCACGCAAUUCAUGACGCGAUGCACUAAGCCGGACAAGCGAGAAUUCAUCCAGAUCAGCAAGGCUGUUGGUGUCGGUUUCCUAGUCAUGGGCGCUAUCGGCUACUUGAUAAAACUAAUUCACAUCCCCGUCAACAACAUCCUAGUCGGUGCCGCGUAGAAUGGCUUAUAGCUAUAUGAGGACUGGUCAUUCAUGGGGAACGGUUUGAUGGUGGUGGCAAUGGCGAUGGUCACGGUCACGGUGAAGGGGGUGGCGUUUAGUGGAGGAA